AGCAGCAGCAGCAGCAGCAGCAGCAGCAGCAGCAGCAGCAGCAGCAGCAGCAGCAGCAGCGGCGUGCAAAUAAAUCUUUUUCAGAAAAAUCUUUUUUUAAAAACUCUUUUUCCCAAAACUUUCCCGAAAUCUUUCUCGAAGAAUUCCACGAUUAUAUUCGCCUCCAUCUGCAGCACUGGCGGGUGGUUUACGACCCGGAAGUGUGUCCUUUGUUGGCCCUUUGUCGCGCGCCGCAGGCGAGUCCUGCUGCUGCUGCUGCUGCUGCUGCUGCUGCUGCUGCUGCUGCUGCUGCAGCAGCAGCAGCAAGGGCGGCGGCGGCGGCGGACGCUGCGAAGAACGGCAGGGACAGGGAGAGGCUGCAGCACCGCGCACGCGAGCCGCACGCGGACUCCCCUGCUGCUGCUGCUGCUGCUGCUGCUGCUGCUGCUGCAGCAGCAGCAGAGGAGGAGGAGGCUGCUGCUGCAGCGGCGAAGGGGGUGCGGCUCAUGAUCCCGCUGCAGCAGCAGCCAAGGCACUUGUGGCCGAGCGCCGCGCGGCUGGCGGCGUACUGCGAAAAGGAGGAGAAAGUUGCUGCUGCUGCUGCUGCUGCUGCUGCUGCUGCUGCUGCGGGCGCGGCCGUGAGCGACGCUGCAGCAGCAGCAGCAGCAGAACUCCGCGUCGUGCUGCUGCUGGGAGCUGUCCACAUUGUUGCGCACUGCAGCAGCAACGAAACUAUUCAAGGAAAAGGCAGAAGUGAUGCUGCUGCUGAAACUGCUUUCACGCAAGCUGCUGCUGCUGCUGCUGCUGCUGACAUUUGGCUGCUGCUGCGGCACUUCGUCGGCACCCCCGCAGAACGCUACGCCAGGCCGCAGUAG